AUGUCCGACAUGAACGCAACCGUGACCGAGGUCGCAAACGGCUUCAACGUUUGUGGCUACGAAAAGAUUGAAUAUGACUUUGCAUUCCUGGAUGGAGUCUUUGACUCGGCAAAUCUGCAGCUCGCCAACUGCUAUCGUAGUUGGGGGCGAUGCCUUGCCGUCAUGGACCUCAACAUCUUUACCCUCUACGGGGAGACCAUUGAAGCUUACUUCAAGAGCCACAAUAUUGAUUUGACGAUACACAAGACCAUGAUUGGCGAGAAAGCCAAGAGCAUGGACACGCUGCUGAGCAUCGUUGACUCCAUGAACGACUUUGGUGUUUAUCGAAAGGAGCCAGUCUUGGUCGUUGGAGGAGGUUUGGUCACGGACGUAGCAGGCUUCGCUUGUGCCGCGUAUCGCCGAAACACAAACUACAUUCGGGUUCCGACUACCGUGAUCGGGCUCAUUGACGCGUCCGUGUCCAUCAAAGUGGCCGUCAACUACGGCCAGUACAAGAACCGUUUGGGCGCAUACCAUGCCCCCAUUCAUACAUUCUUGGACUUCACGUUCCUCCGAACACUUCCCAUGGCUCAGAUCCGUAACGGAUUCGCGGAGCUCAUCAAGAUCUCAUCCUGUGCGCACAAGGAGACGCUGGACCUUCUUGAUGAACACUGCGAGGAUCUCAUUGGCAGUGCUUUCGGUCGGUCCGACGCGUCUUCUCAGGCUCUUAGUGAGGCAGCAGAUAAAAUUUGUCGGGCCGGUAUCUUGGAGAUGCUCAAGCUGGAAACUCCGAACUUGCAUGAAAUCAUGCUCGACAGAGUCAUUGCUUACGGCCACACCUGGUCACCUCUGCAUGAGCUAGUCCCCAACCCGCCCCUGCGCCACGGCCACGCCAUCUCCAUCGACAUGGCCUACUCGGCAACGCUAUCUUUCCUUCGAGGUCUGCUAACGGCUGCGGACCACCAGCGACUGCUUCAACUCUUUUCACGAGCCGGAUUAUCCAUGGACCACGAUCAAUUCGACGGGCCACUGCUUGAGAAGGCAACUGCCGCCAUCCUGCGUACGAGAGAUGGCAAGCUCCGCGCUGCUGUCCCCGUCAGCCCCAUGGGCGAGUGUACAUUCCUCAAUGAUGUCUCACAAAAGGAAAUGCUGGCUGCGUUGGAGGCACACAAGCUACUCAUGAAGGCAUAUCCUCGUCACGGCGCAGGCAUCGAUGCAUUCGUGGAUGCCAGUGACACUGGCUACACUGUGCACGGACAAGCCGUUGAGUCCACGAUGCCCGAGUACACCACUGGCAAUGGUGUCUGCAGUAAUGGUGUAGGGGGUGUUACUUACAGCCCCAUCCCCUCGGCGGAUGCGCCGUCGCCGGUCAUUCAGGGCAUCGGCGGAAACAAGAGCCUUUCAAACUUGGCUCCUCGGCAGAUCGCCGUGACCGUACAGGAUGGAGCUGGCGAGAGCUGAUUGACAAAAUUUGACAUGAAUUCUUUUGGCCUAUUUUGUCACGGGAAACGAAACGUUGCAUAUUAUGUCAGAGGGAACGAAGGACGCG